UUCUACUGCAAAGAGCAGCACAUACUAAAACUAGAUAAAAAUGACAGAAAACGAGCCGGUCCCACAUGAGGUGGAAGAUGAAGACGAGCUGGAUGGAAAACUGAACUACAAGCCCCCUCCCCAGAAGUCCCUACAGGAAAUACAAGAGCUCGACAAGGACGAUGAGAGUUUAGCCAAGUACAAGAAAUCCCUUCUAGGAGAUGGACCUGUGGUAGCAGAUCCAUCAGCCCCAAAUGUGACUGUAACUCGCCUCACACUGGUUUGUGCCACUGCUCCAAAACCAAUCACAAUGGAUCUUACUGGAGAUAUAACAAAUCUGAAAAAAGAAACUUUUGCUCUCAAAGAAGGAGUUGAAUACAGAGUAAAAAUCCACUUUAAGGUCAAUAAAGAGAUUGUUUCAGGACUAAAGUAUGUGCAGCAUACAUACCGAGCUGGAGUGAGAGUUGCCAAACCAUUAUUUAUGGUAGGCAGCUAUGGACCACGACAAGAUGAAUAUGAGUUCCUCACACCAUUAGAAGAAGCACCUAAAGGAAUAUUGGCACGAGGAACUUACCUUAACAAGUCAUACUUUACCGAUGAUGACAAUCACGAUCACCUCACCUGGGAGUGGAACCUGAGCAUUCGCAAAGAGUGGAAUGAAUAGAAAGCCUUCGAAAUAACACAUAUAUCAAACCCUCAGCCUUGGAUAAUACAUGUUAAUGUUUGUUUUUCGCAUUUUGCUCUUACCGCCUCUGUAUGCCAGGGGCGCACACUUGGCUUUCUAUCUACUAAGCAAUCCCCUCUGCUGCUACUGGUUGAAUGUUAUCCUUUGGUGCUUUAUCUCUUCUAACAGGCAAGGUCAUAUUUAAACAGAGAUGUAUUUGCAUGUAUUUAAAGUGCUGACCAAAGUGUGUUACUAUUAUUCCUAAUAAAAUAAGAAAUACAA